UCUCUCAAAGAAACUGAAAACUCAAGAAGCUCUCUCCCUCUUUCAUACCCACGGUCCAACACCAAAAGAAAGAAAAGAGACUCUCAAGCUCUCUGCCUCUCAUACUCAGGUUCAGCCACUAGGAAAGGGAAAUCCUUUCAUGCAAGAGUGAUUCUAUGUCUAUUUCCCCUCAUGAACCAUAAACUUGGUGUUACCAAUUUCCAAGUCUAAGCUCCUUCGACUGUAGGCUCUCGGUUCCUCUGCUUUCAGGUAAGGGACAAGUUAUAUGGGCAUUUGGUAAGUCAAGAGGUUAUUUUAAAGUAUAUUAUGCAUUAAAAGGUUUUUGAUUAGAGAUAUGGCAUGUAAUCAUGUUUUAGACAAAGAUAUGUUCGUGAGCUUUCGAAAUCCUAUGUAUAUGAUUUAAGCAUAUUGAUGCUAUUACUAAUUCCACGAACAUGAUGUUUAAAGAAAAUAAUGGAAAUGCUUUUAUCAUGAAAUGCUAUGCAAACUAUGAAUUUCAGUAUGAUGCAUAAGUAUGAAAUGUUUUCAGGUUAUGUCCUUUAAUGAUCUGAACUCUGUCAGUAGGGGUUAAUUACUAGCUUUCCAUGGAAAAUGUUAUCUGUUUGGCCAUUAUAAGUGGGACUGGCUCUGUUGUACUCGCCCUUGUUGGUUAUGGCCAACUUGUGGAGGAAGUCAACCGACCCCCAUGGUUGAAUAUAUGUAUUAUAAUGUGAUCUCGAGAAUACUUGGCAUUGUAGGGAAUGCUGGAUGCCUAGCACCGUGGUGCUAGAAGCCUCCCAAAUAAGUACAGACUUAUCAGAUAUGAACUAACCAAUAAGUUAUUUAUGAACAGCUAUACUAUGUUAUUAAUCAUGAUGGAAUGAUUUUAUUUAAAUGCAUUAUGAAAAGUUAAAAGUUCUCAUGAAAAGAAGUUUAUGAUGAAAAGAAAAGUUGUUCUUUAAAGAUAAGAGUUUCCGAAGUUUUGUUACGCUUUAAAGAUAAAACUUUUGAUGAAAGUACAAGUUUAUGUUAAAAAGUUAUAAGAUAUCUGUUCUUUAUGAAACAUUAAGUUUUAUGACUAUGAAAGUUAUAAUAUUUUAUGAGAAGAAAUUUAUGAAGAAAAGUUUUGUUAUUCUUUAAGAUGUUUCUAGUUUAAAACAAAGUUACCAAUUACCUGAUUUAAGUUAAAAUGAUUAUUUUGUAAUGAGAAUGCAUAUAUAUUGAUUUUAAACAAUCAAUAUUAUAUUUGGUGACUUUGUAAGAAAUGAAAGAAAUUAAAUUAGAAAGGUUUUGGUAAUAUUAUUUUGAUAAGAAAAAAGAGAACAAUUAUUUACCUAUGAAAAGCAUAUAAGUUAUUAUUAUGAAUAGUAUAAGAUACUAUGCAUGAAAAGAUGUUCUCCUAUCUAAAUAUUCAUAGAAUGAAAUGAUUUGAUUUACAUGCAUCCUUAUUAAAUUCUCAUGUAUCUUACCUUUACUGAGCUGUGUAGCUCACCCCUUCCACUCUUUUAGUCAACAGGUUUUAUUUUGGAGCAGAGGGAGCCUUAGUCAAGUUUUGGAAGGAGCUGGUUUUAGUUUUAUAUGUAUAGAUCCUAAAUUAGCAAUAUGAUGUUUAGAUUUGUAGUAUGGUGCAUUUAGGAUCCAGUGAAAGUUGUGUACCUUAAAGUACUAAGAGAUGUAUUUUGUGAAAGUGUGGAAAUUGGAUGAUUGGUGGUUUAUGUUAUUCUUGGAGUACAAUGUAGAUGCUCUGAAUGUCAAAUGAAAAGUUAUAUCAUUUAAGUAAGAAAACAAGAAUGAAAAGAAAGAGGGAAGCUUUUGUAAAAGUUUUGUAAAAGUUAAGUUGGUUCUUGUUAAUAUCAGGUUUAGGCUUGAUAUUAGUAUGCCGAUCAUGGUCACGAAUCCGGGUAUCGGAUUUGGGAUGUGACACCUAACACUAGGGACAAAGACUUGACUUAUUUUUUAAGAUGUUAGACUCACGAAAGUCUGGAGUAGCAUGUUAGUUACACACACUUCACAUAAGCCACUUUUGCAUAAAAAUCAUGAUUUCGAACUUUGUGAUGCAGAGAAGAAAUGAAAGCAAAUUCACCAUAAAUAGUUAGAUAAACAGGGCCUCCCCAAUCCCUUUACUAAAUUCUCACACAAAGUAGGUUCAAACGAAGUUAUGGGAUGUCUUAGCAGGAGUAUCUUGUUGUCUGUCCUUUGUGGUCUUUGUUUAAACUUAGGCGUUGUUGCUGUAGACACCAUCAGAUCUUCUCAAUUCAUCAAAGACAAAGACUCUGACUACAUGAUCUCCAAUGGAAGUGUUUUCAAACUGGGAUUCUUCAGCCCAGUGAAUUCUACCAACCGCUACCUAGGGAUAUGGUAUAACAACAUUUCUGCAUUCACAAUCGUAUGGGUAGCGAAUAGACAGAAACCCCUCAACGAUUCUUCUGGACUUCUUACUAUAUCUAAGGACGGCAACGUUGUAGUAUUAAACGGACAAAAGGAGAUUCUUUGGUCAUCGAAUGUUAACAACUCUAUUGCCAAUUCAAGUGCCCAGCUUUUAGAUUCGGGGAACCUUGUCUUAAAAGAAAACACUAUAGGGACAAUCCUAUGGGAGAGUUUCAAAAAUCCUUCUGAUACAAGCUUACCUGAGAUGAAAUUAAGUACUAAUGAAAGAACAGGUGAGAAAGUGCAGUUGACAUCAUGGAAAAGCCCUUCUAAUCCAUCAAUUGGAAGCUUCUCUGUUGGAAUUUCUCGUCAAAGUCUUACUCAGGCAUUCAUUUGGAAAGAUGGUAGACCAUAUUUCCGCAGUGGUCCAUGGAAUGGUCUGACAUUCAUUGGAACACAAAUAAAUUCUGUAUUUCGCGACAGAUAUAGUCUUGUAGAUAAUCAAGAUGGGACUUCUUACUUAACUACUACUUCUGUCAAAGAUUCUUUGUCACACACUGUCCUGACUACGCAAGGAAAUACAGAGGCAAGAUAUUGGGAUAGUGAGAAGAAGGAUUGGAAGGUUGUGUGGAAAGCUAUGCUCAGUGUGUGUGAUGUUUAUGGUACGUGUGGUGCAUUUGGAAGCUGUAAUUCAAUGAGUUCCCCAAUUUGCAGUUGUUUAGAGGGGUUUGAGCCAAAGAACACAGAAGAAUGGAAUAGACAAAAUUGGACUAGUGGAUGUGUGAGGAGGACACUGUUGCAGUGUGGAAGGGUGAACACUAGUGGUGAAGCUGGCAAAAUGGAUGGGUUUUCAAAAUUGAACAUGAUGAAGGUGCCUGACUUUGCAGAAUGGUCAGCUGCUCAGGCAGAUGAUUGCAGGCAGCAGUGUUUGCAGAAUUGUUCUUGUAUAGCUUAUGCAUUUGAUUCAGGUAUAGGUUGUAUGACAUGGACUCGAACCUUAAUUGACACACAGAAAUUCUCUAAUGGUAGCGGAGAUGAUCUUUAUAUUCGUGUUGCCCAUUUGGAACUUGAUACAAAUGGAGAUGUGAGGAAAAUUGUCACUAUUACAGUUAUCAUAGGAACAAUUUUCAUUUCAAUCUUCAUGUACUUAUUGUGGAGGUGGAUUGCUAAACACAAAGCAAGGAGAAAGAAAGAGAAGGAGAUUUUAAUGUUCAAUAGAGAAGCAUGUAAAAAAUUUCCAAGUGAAGACAUGCUUGGAGACAAUCUGAACCAAGUGAAAGUCCAGGAACUACCAGUAUUCAAUUUUGUGAAGCUAGCAAGUGCAACAAACAACUUCCAUGAAUCUAACAUGCUUGGGCAGGGUGGAUUUGGUCCCGUAUACAGAGGAAAAUUUUCAGAUGCACAAGAAAUUGCAAUAAAAAGACUUUCCAAAACUUCUGGACAAGGGUUGGAAGAGUUUAUGAAUGAGGUGGUAGUAAUUUCUAAGCUCCAACAUCGGAAUCUUGUUAGGCUUCUUGGCUGUUGUGUUGAAGGAGAAGAGAGGAUGUUAAUCUAUGAAUACAUGCCAAACAAAAGUUUGGAUGCAUUUCUCUUUGAUUCACACAAAGAAAUACUGCUAGAUUGGAGAAAACGCUUCAACAUUAUAGAAGGAAUUGGUAGAGGUCUGCUAUAUCUUCAUAGGGAUUCUAGAUUAAGAAUUAUUCAUAGAGAUCUAAAGGCAAGUAACAUCUUGUUGGAUAAAUAUCUAAAUCCAAAAAUAUCAGAUUUCGGUAUGGCCCGGAUUUUUAGAAGUAAUGAAGACCAAGCCAAUACAAAUAGGGUUGUUGGAACUUAUGGCUACAUGUCUCCUGAAUAUGCAAUGGAAGGACGAUUUUCAGAGAAAUCAGACGUCUUCAGCUUUGGAGUGUUGUUACUAGAGAUAGUUAGUGGAAGAAAAAACUCUAGCUUUUAUCAUGAUGAGCAAUCCAUGAGCCUUUUAGGACAUGCAUGGAAAUUGUGGAAAGCAGACAACAUUUUGGCCUUAAUAGACCCAAUGAUAUCUGAACCAUGCUAUGAAAUGGAGAUUUUGAGAUGCAUACAUGUUGGCUUAUUGUGUGUGCAAGAAUUUGCCAAAGAUAGGCCAACUACAUCUACUGUAAUUUCCAUGCUUAAAAGUGAGAUUGUUGAUCUUCCCCAUCCAAAGAAACCAGCGUUUACUGAAAGGGAGAUUGGGUUAGAUACAGAGUCCUCUAAACUUAGCCAAAGAAAAUGCUCAGUUAACAAUGUUACAAUUACAAUGAUUCAAGGUCGAUAGAUAGCAUUUGUUAUUGACAUCAUAAUCUUGAGGUUUUAUAUUCAUUUUGCACACUUUCCUAAGAAUCUCAUAUGGUGUAAAUACUGCCUUCUCUAUUACCUCUUCAAUGCCCACUGUUAGUCCAAUCUAAGAAGAAAAAAAACCAUUAAACCA